AAUUCGUUCGCUAAACUACACACAAAUGCAAGUAUUGUUGCGUCGCACAUUACCACAGCAGCUACAGCAGUCACCACAAAUAACACCUCCCCAACCGCCAGAGUCGGACAGUGUAUCAAUAACAUUAGCAACAAUUAUUAUAACAACAACAAUAAUAACAACAUUAAUACUAAUAAUAAAACCACCGUUACAUCCACACAACCCCUACUUAGUAACAGUCAACAAAAUUCGACGCUUAUAAACCAACAAAACUCAAUUGGGCAAAAUGUUGGCGGCGGUGGUGCUAAUAAUGUUGCAAAGCAUAUAAAUACGGUAACUGGCUUAGGGCCCACAAUGCAACAGCAAUUUAAUACGAAUGCUAAAAAUAACCACACACAACUGUUGUCACAACAGCCACAACAACAACAACAGCUGUCAGCGAAUACGCUACAACAAACGCCGCAGCAGCAACGGCAUCAACAAACCCACCCACCGCCACCACGUCAAUCACACUCUUACCCUUACAACAACAACAAUAAUAAUAAUAAUAGCAGCAAUAAUAUUAAUCUUAACAUAAGCAAUGUUGCGCCUAAUAUGUCCGGCAACAAUAUAUUGAAACCACAACAACAACAACAACAAACAUAUGCGGCAAUAACGUCAACACAACAACGUCUUAACGGUGCACUGACGACAACAGCCAGUGCUACACAGAAGUCGCUCACACAGCCACUACAUAAACAACAACAACAGCAGCAACAGCACCAUACAACGGCUCUAGCCAACAAUAAUAGUAAAAUUGUUGGUCCAGCUAUGUCAGCGACUAAUAUGUUCUUUGUAAGGCCAACAAAUCCAGCUCCACCACAACCAUUACACAUUGGUGAAUUGCAACCUUUCGUACCGGUGCAGCUCUUUUAAAUUUUACACAACUCAGCUAAGUCUGCAAGAAAAGCGAAGAAAGAAAAGAAGCGGAAGAAAUAAAACGCUUCUGCGGCAACGGCAACACAGAAAAACAUAAAAAGGCAUAAUUUAUCUUUACAUUUAUAAAAAAUUGCUUGAAUUGGAUUGCUAAAAAAAACAAAUGUGUAGAUAAACUUACAUACAGACAAACUUGCAUUAAUUUACAGAAAACAGAAAAUGUUCCAGUGAUUAACAAUGUGAAAUUCAGCAUUGCAGUGAACAGCGAUUUAAAUAAGUAAUAACAAGUAAAUAUAGAUUUCUAUGUUUAAAUCAACGAAAUAGGGAAAAGAACGACAAAAACAAAAACACAAAACAAAAUAGUCUAAAACAUGAUAUAAAAGUAAAAUACAAACAUGACGUUAAAUCAAGCCCACUUACAUACAUAAACACAUACAUACAAUGUAUUUACUUACAAACAUUUACAUAUAUGCCUGUGGGCUAAUGUUUAAGACGCAUAUUAUUUAUAAAAGUAAGCUCUUAUCUAAAAAAAUAAUGAUAUUUAUAUAUUUAUAUUCUUAAUGAAACUAAUAGCAAGAAAAUACAAUAGGAUAAACAUUUAAACAAAGCGAAACAAAAAGAAAAGCUAAUGGCAAAUACCAGAAGAGCUGAACUUAUCGAUAAAGUAGAGCGCUUACAAAGGGAGAAGAAUCAAAGAUGACAUGAAACAUGCAAACAGAAUUACUUUCAACAAUUUUACAAAAAAAAAAACAAAAAACGAAUUAAAAUAAUAAAUAUUGAAAUUAAUUAACAAAAAACCAUAUAAAUUUAUAAUAAUAAUAACCAGUAAUUGUAUGUGUUAAAAGCCUAUUUAUUACAUAUUUUAAGCUCAAAUUGCAAAUUAGUAGCUAAAAGUAUAAUACUAUAAUGGCAUUAAAAUUGAAAAAUUUAAAAUAUAAACAAUUUACAUUAAAUCGAACAUGGCUAAUACUAAACGAACAUGAACGGCACAUAAAAUUACAGAAUUUCAGCAAACAAACACAUAUGUACAUAUGUAUGUAAAUGUAAUGAAUGAAACUGAAUAUUGAUUUAGAGAAAAAUUCGGUCCAAUAUGUUAUAACUUAUAUUUUACCAAUUUUUUUGUUUUUUUUUUUUAAUUUUUUAUGUGUUUUUGUUAUUAUUUUUUUGUUACUUAUUUUUUUAAUUUAUUAUAUUUUUAUUUUUUUAAUUUUGUUUUAUUUACUAUUUUUUGUAAUAUUGUUUUUUUAUUAUUGUAAUAUUAAUAAUUUAAUAUUUUUAUAACAUUAAUAAGUACAAAAAAUAAUCUAUUUCCAGUAUUUUUAAUGUGUUUUUGUUAUUUUUUGUUUUUGUUUUUUUUGUUUUACUUUUUUGUUACUUAAAUUCCAAUUUCAUUUAUUUUUAAUUUUUGAUUUUCUAUUCCUCUUUUGCGGUUUUUUAAUAUUUUUUAUUGUUUUUUUUUUUAAUAUUUUUCCAUGUUCUAUAUUUUGAAUAAUUUUCGUAAUACGUGUCAUUUAUUUUUGUAAUAUGUGCGUCGGAAAAUGUAAAUUUACAAAUUGGCAAAUUUUCGCAAAGGCCCACUUCUUUUAUUCAUUUUUUUUUGUAAACACAAACUAAAAAUUCAAAAUUGAAAUCUGAAUUCAAAAAUAGUAUUUAUCAUUGUGAAAUUUGUUAUUUUAAUAAUACAUUUUAAUAAUAAUUUCAUUAACAAAAAAACACCUUAAAAGUGAAAACUCAGACAAUUGCAGCGCAUCCUAAUAACUAAAAGACAUUGAAAACUUUUGUGUAUUAUAUUUUAAAAAAUAUUAACUCAUUUCUAAAAUACAGCGAAAAUUUAAACAUUUUAGAUCAAUAAAAUGUUGAAUAUAUUUUUGCAAUAUUUAAAAUUCAAUGAAAAUGCCAAUUUAAAUUUUGCAAUUACGAAUUUGUGCUAAAAAAUAUUAAUUACAAAUUUAUUUCAUAUUUAAAUUAAGAAUUCAACAUAAUAUGAAUUUUAGUUAAUUUGCAUACAUUAAAAAAUAAAUUCACAUUUGAAAUUAUUGCUAUAUCAUCAAAAAACAAACAUCUCUUUUGCGUUUAAAAGAAAAAAUAAACCUAUUUUGUAUUCUACACCUUUUUAAUUAAUGAUUUUUUUUAGGAAAGCAAAUGCAGAAUUGAAACAGAAUCAUGAUUACUUUUUUAAUUGCUAAUGAAUGAAAAUAUUGUUGGAAACAAUAAAAAAUAUACACACACAUUUAAUAAUAUACUUAUACAAUACAUAUAAUUUGUAACUAAAUCUUAAUAAAUCAUAAAGUUAUUAAUUAAUAUUAUACUUACGAGCAAAAAUAAAAAAAAAAAUAAGAAAAAAUAUAUAUUAUUGUAACACAUAUACAAUUAAAACAUAACAUGCUGAUAAAGUACAUAAAAGUAAACCAAGCAAUCGUUAAAUCGAUCUUGAAAUCUAUGAAUAAAAGUUAUACAUAUACAUACAUAUACACAUACAUACAUAUAUAGAAUGGAAAAUAAUAACAAUACUUAAAAUCGCUAUAUCGAUUGAAGGAAAAAAUAGGAAUAAAAAAACUAAAUAUUACUUACAGUAAUUGCAGCAGUCAGUGUAUAGUAACAAAAAACAUGAGAAAUUUCUGCACAUAUGUAUGUAGCAUGCGCAGCGUAACGCUGCCGGCAUAAGUCUUGUGUGUUAUAUCUUUUCGGAUGGCGUUUAUAAUGGAUCCCCCUUGUCGAAUGGCGACUACUUCUUUUAAAAUGUGCUGCUCUGUGCAAUUAAUAAUAAAUAUUACUUUUCAAAUGAAAAUAAAUAAAUAAAUGGCAUACAAUAAAGUAUAAAAAGAUACGCAUUAAUAAAUACAAAAAAUAUAUUGGAA